GGUAAGUACCAACUUCCGGUUAGUACUGCGCAUGCGUCACUGUCUGACAUUUAUGAAUCAAUAUAACUAAGCUUCGUAACGUUUCAUACUCGUAUAAAAAGUUUGGUCUGAGUUAUUUGUUUAAAUAUAUGAGUUCUCGUAAAUCAUAUUGAAUUCCUGCAAAAGGCCGUGGCGGAGAGUGAAGGACCUGCGGUGGGGGCAGGUAACGGCCUCGCCGUGAAUAGUAAGGUCUAUCCCAGUCCGGGGGCGGCGCGCGGCGUUUGGGCGCUGCCGCAGCCGCCCCCAUGCACUAUGGCUGCCGAGGAAUCUCUACCUCCAUGCUCACCCAUAUCUCCUGACGCACCGUCCACCCAGCCACGGAUAACGACAAACCUCAACCAUCACUCAGAUUACGAACAACUUAUAUUCGAGGGAGUACGUUCAGGUGAGGUAUCUGAAAUCGAGCGUCUGGUAGAAAAACUUGGAGUGGAAAUUCUAAGUGCUCGAGAUCAACAUGGCUACACUCCAGCUCACUGGGCCGCCUUGGAUGGUAGCGUUGCUGUCAUGAGAUACUUGGUGGAACGAGGAGCACCUGUAGAUCUAUCUUGCUUAGGGACUCAGGGUCCUCGGCCAAUUCACUGGGCUUGUCGAAAAGGUCAUGCAUCAGUGGUGCAAGUUCUGUUGCAAGCAGGCGUCGCGGUGAACGCAGCUGAUUUCAAAGGAUUAACGCCAUUAAUGACAGCCUGUAUGUAUGGAAAAACCGCCACUGCCGCAUAUCUGCUUGGCAUGGGAGCAGCAACGAGACUAUCAGACAUAAAUGGUGACACAGCUCUCCAUUGGGCAGCGUAUAAGGGUCACGCAGAUUUAGUUCGUCUAUUAAUUUACUCAGGGGUGCCUUUACAUUGUACUGACAAUUUUGGCUCCACACCCUUGCAUCUCGCGUGUCUUUCAGGCAAUUUGACGUGCGUCCGAUUGCUUUGUGAAAAGGUUAAGGCUGAACUCGAGCCACGUGACAAAAAUGGAAAGACACCCCUAAUGCUCGCACAAAGCCACCGACAUGCGGAAGUCGUGAAACUGUUGCAAAAGGAGAUGAAACGCAAGUCUCACUGGAUGCCACCGCUUUCUGAGUUAUGGGCCUUGCUGUUCGGUGGAGCUGGUGAUUCUAAGGGACCACUGCUUUUCUUUCUCGGUUCCGUUCUCUUGUGGGGUUAUCCUAUGUAUAUUAUACGGUGCAUACCAUUAACAUGGAAUACGCUAAGGCUAUCUCACUACUGUUUUCUUUAUUGGAAUGCGAUAAUGUGGAUGAGUUGGCUUAUUGCUAACCGUCGCGAUCCAGGAUACAUACCGCAAAAUUCUGAAACUUAUUAUCGAGCGAUCAGACAAAUACCGUACUACGAUAAAUGGAAGAAACGAAAUGCUAUACUUUCACGUCUAUGCCACACGUGCAGAUGUCUACGACCUUUGAGGGCAAAGCAUUGUCGUAUUUGCAAGCGCUGCGUGGCCUACUUCGACCACCACUGUCCAUUCAUCUAUAACUGUAUCGGCGUUCGAAAUCGCAUGUGGUUCUUUUUGUUCGUGAUGAGUGUUGCUAUAAAUUGUACACUUUCUAUAUACUUCGCGUGCUAUUGUCUAUACCUAGAAGGCUUUGGACUACUUUAUAUGCUGGGUUUGCUUGAGGCCAUAACAUUUUGCGCACUCGGAUGGAUUCUCACGUGCACUUCGGUGCUCCACGCCUGUAUGAAUUUAACUACAAACGAAAUGUUUAACUACAAGAGGUACCCGUAUCUACGUGACAAGAGAGGCCGUUAUCAGAACCCGUUUUCGCGGGGGCCCAUUAUGAACUUGAUUGAAUUCUUCGUUUGUUUACCGGACAAGUUUGAUGAGCAAGACCUCUUUUAUGGAGAGAAUAUAUGAAUUACUGAUUUCGGAAUAGAUUAAUUUCGAUUUGGCUUCGCAAGCAUAGUAAAGUAUUGUGUGAUAUACAUAUUAAGGAAUCUAACAUUUUGGCUUGUUUGAAUGAAAGUUACGACAGCUUUAAAUUAUGUAUUCACAGUUUAUUGCAUAAUAUAUAAAAAAACAUUACAUGGUAUCGGCCGAUCUUAUUGUUAUUAAGGGAUAUCUUCCAGGCAACCGUAUCUACUUCAUAGCACGAAAUUCCACCAAAAGCUCUUCUAAUCCUAUUGGUAUGUCCCUGCAAACUAAAGCUUGCUUGUUGCCAUAGUUACCGGUUUUACAAAAAGUACACGUUUUAUAAUAAUGCAGUUAUUUUAUUGCACAAUUGUCCUUGAUAGGUCAAGUUCCUUUUGAUACAAAACUCGAUUGCACACAUUUAAGCAUUGCGCAACUGAUACGCGAUAAAUGUAUUUUUAAAUUGAUCUUUAGAUACACGUUUUGAUUGUAUCGGACAUAUUUUAACAUAUUAUUGUGAUAUUAAUUCUUCAAGCACAAUUUGACAAUGUCAUUAGCUAAUUCUAUAUGCAAAUUCUCAAUUGGUACAAAUAGGCUUGGGUAUAAAGACUACAGUGGUACCGAAGUCACUAGAUUUUUUAAUGUCAUUGUAAUUAUGAUAUAAUUUUAAGUUUAUAUAGCGAGCGUGGCAAGAAUAUAUUAAAUCUAUUCAUAUGAAUUCGAGAUAAUAAGAAUGCAUUUUUUUCAUUAGUUAAUAUUAUACAAAUUUUGUAUGUAACUCACUCUGUUUAUCUCUGGUUGGGGAUUUGAGGGUAUGUAAAUAAAACAACAAUUCGCUAGCACUGUUAUAUUACUACAUUAUGUCCAGCAUAUUAGUAAAUUAAUCAACACUGAGUGCAAACGAUACAUUGGGAACGCCGUUUAAGCUUUUAAUAAAUAAUUUAAGAUCGCA